ACCCAACUGCAUCUGAUCUUAUAAAAGAUUUAGAGUUAUAUUGUAGAAUUGUUGAUAAACUUCUUUUAACAAAAGAUUUAAUAAAUGAUGAUGAAAUUCUUGCGAUGGUUCAUGAUACGUUUGAUCCUGCACCAGUGGUAACAGAUUCUGAAGAAGAUAAUAUGCCUCUAGCAUUCUCAGUAAGUUUAUCAGAAGCAAUAAAUGCAUUGCAUACUCUUGUACGAUUUCAGGAACAAAGAGAAAGUAAUGAUGGAUUUAAACCAGAAGAGUUGGAUCUGUUACGCAAAAAAAUAUAUUAUUUUGAAAAAUUGAAAAAUGCAUCGAAAAAGCAAACUGAUCUUCUCCUUUAUUUUGGUGAUAAAUAUUCUGGAAAUUUAGAG